UAAAUGCAAAGAAAUAUAGCGCAUUUCCUUGUCGCUCACGGGCUAAUGUCAGUAACAAUACGGUUCAAUGUCGACAUACCAUAUGUAGUUGGUUAACCAGUUCAAAUAUUGAGCAAAAAAACGGCUAAGAAAUAGGCAAAUACUUGGUUAAAAAGAAAGAAGAAUCUGUGAUAAAGUGUCUUUGAAGAAAAGGAGUUAAAAAUGACGCGUCCCGUUUUGCUAACUGAAAAUUCCCGUAGUGUUCUUGUUUCUUCGGGCGGUGAGAAUGUCAACCCCAGAAGCUUGCCUCAGUUUGUUGGAGCGUUUGUCAGCACUUUUUCUGCUGUAUGCUUGGGCAUGGUGUUCACAUGGACCUCACCAGCGUUGCCAGUUAUGGAAAGCGAAGUGGGUAUCAGUAAGUCACAAGGAGCAUGGAUAGGAUCUUUGGUCACAUUAGGAGCGUUCGUUGGAGCUAUACCGGCUGGACCACUAGCUCAAGUUUUUGGCAGAAAGAGAUUCCUGCAAAUGAUCAUAAUACCGUUGUUCUUUAGUUGGAUUUUCAUUGCAUAUUUUUAUGACCUUAUCUUCAUUGUCUACCUGGCCCGAUUUGUAGCUGGAUUUGCAGGGGGCGCUAUCAGCGUAACAGCUCCGAUGUACGUAGCUGAGAUAGCUCAUAUAUCCAUUAGGGGCACGCUGGGGACAUUUUUUCAAGUCCAAAUCACCAUAGGGAUACUGCUGGCAUAUCUUCUAGGUGGUGUGAUCUCAGACUUGCGAACUUUGUCUUUGAUAUCGUCAGUGUUCCCACUAGUGUUCCUGCUUAGUUUUUCAUUUAUACCGGAAUCUCCUGUAUAUUUGAGUUCGAAGAACCAAAUGGACGAAGCAAAUGACAGUCUGGUAUGGUUCAGAGGUGAUGAAUAUGAUGUUGAAGAUGAACUGGUCAAGAUAAUUGACGACAUUGAAGAAGCAAAGAAGAACGAGUCAAAGUUGAGCGACUUCUUCAACUGCAAAGCCACAUUCAAAGGCUUGAUAAUAUCAUUUGGACUGAUGAUUUUUCAACAGCUUAGUGGUGUAAAUGCCGUACUGUUUUACGCUAACGAUAUCUUUAAGAGAAGUGGAGGUUCUAUAUCCCCUGGAGCGUCUAGUAUACUUGUUGGAGUAGUUCAGGUUGUAGCAACACUAUGCUCCACACUGCUCAUCGAUAAAGCCGGUCGAAAAAUCCUCCUCAUCCUAUCUGACUUCGUCAUGUGUCUAGCGCUGGUCGCUUUAGGCUUAUUCUUCUACUUCGACGAAACCCACGACUUAUCAGACUAUUCCUUCAUUCCCUUAAUCAGCAUCGCCUCAUUCAUCGUCUUCUUCUCCAUUGGUCUAGGCCCCAUCCCCUGGAUGAUCAUGGGCGAAAUAUUCCUUCCAAAAGUCAAAGGAACUGCCAGUUCCAUGUCAGCUUCGCUUAACUGGUUCCUAGCCUUUAUGGUUACCAAUCAGUUCUCGAAUUUGGUCGACUGUUUCGGUAUAGGAAUAACGUUCCUAGUUUUCGGGGUUAUAUGCGGGGUGGGUACUGUUUUUAUCACCAUCCUGGUACCGGAAACCAAGGGAAAAAGUAUUGAAGAAGUGAGUGAUUUGCUUUUGGGACUGAAGAGGGCACCUGUGGGUGGUCUUAGUAACGGUAACUGUGAUAAAAUGACUACGGUUAUAUAAAUUUGGUUGUGAUAGAUAUAUUAAAUGUUUUGUUUAAAAGACUUGAAUUUAAGAAGAGUUUGAUUCAGGAAAAAUGACUAUUGUAUAUUAGAAAUGAACGUAUGUCGGUGAUAAAUAGAUUCAAAACUCUUCUCCAUUUUAAUGGAACAGUUAAAUAAAAUCCAACUAGACAAAUCUUUGUUCUGUAAAAAAUCCUACAUUUAUCUCUAUAUUAUAAUAAUAAAAUAUUAUGACGCAAUAGUAAUUUUUCGUAGUACAUGUAGGUACUUUAAAAAGAUGUAUAGAAGUGAACAGUUUAUGUAAAAUAUGACAUAAGUUAUACAGGGUGUCCCAGAAAUAAGUGCAAAUAUUUUAACUGGUAGUAGAGUUCAACCCUAGAAACACGCCUAUGAGGUUUUUUUCGCGAAAAAAAAAAUUUGAA